CCGAUCUCCCCGUUAGGUUUCCGGCCUGGCCAGUCUCGCACCGCGCGGGCUCCAUCUGCCUCGGCUCCUGCUCCUGCGCCCCGGCUGCUCUGCCUCGCCAUGGCCGCUUCCUCCUCCUCGGCGACCGCGCUGCGCCCGGUCACUCACCUGAUCUUUGACAUGGACGGGCUGCUGCUGGACACUGAGAUUCUGUAUACAAAAGUGUAUGACGAGAUCUGUCAGCGUUAUGGAAAGAGCUAUAACUGGGAUGUGAAAUCCCAGGUUCUGGGUAGACAAGCCCCAGAAGCAGCAGGGAUUAUUCGAGAUAUUCUAGAUCUUCCAAUAACCAAAGAAGAGUUAUUCAAUGAAAGUAAAACAAUGCUGGAGAAGAUAUUCCAUACUGCUGGGCUGAUGCCAGGAGUCAGUAAGCUGAUCCAUCAUUUACACAAACACAAGAUACCCAUUGGUGUUGCCACCAGCUCGAGUGUAUCAUCAUUUGAGAUAAAAACAAGCAGACACAAAGACUUAUUUAGUCUUUUUCAUCAUAUUGUGUUGGGAGAGGAUCCUGAGUUGAAGCGUGGCAAGCCGAAUCCUGAUCCAUUUUUACUUUGUGCAAAGAGAUUUGAACCUCCUGCACCGCCAGAGAAGUGUCUCGUGUUUGAAGAUUCACCACAGGGAGUCAAAGGAGCCCGGGCAGCAGGAAUGCAAGUGGUCAUGAUUCCAGAUGAAAAUUUAAGUCCAGAUUUUACAAAGGAGGCAACACUGGUGCUGAAGUCCAUGGAAGAUUUCAAACCAGAACUGUUUGGUUUACCAGCAUAUGAUUGAUGCCUAAUGCCUAUGAACAUGUUUUUGGCUGGAGAUAAAUUUUAAGUGAAAUGAAAUUUUAUUUCAAUUUUAUGAUUGUUUUUCAUCUUCUACUUUCUUCCUCAAAACCAGAGCAGAAAAAUCCUGUUAACUUUCAGUCUUUUGCACAUUACCUUUGAUAAAUUGUCUGUAAUGUUUAUGAUUUGUCCUUUUGAUAAAUGCAAAAUUAAAGCAGCAUCUUUCUGUUAAGUGAA